CUCUUUACCGCCUGAGAGCAUCAGACUCCGUUGUUUAAACCCGAACAGCGGUUCAGCAUCCUGUCCUGCUCUGCUCGCUCUUCAUAAAGCAGGCAUGCUUUAUUCCCUCGCACUCCCUGACAACUAACCCUACAGAGCUUUUCUCGUUUCUAUCUCUACACCUCAGCGGCUCCACCGCUAUCGUAUCAACGACCUCUUAUCUCGACAAUCACAAAGUAGAAUAUCGGGGCCUCUUGGCUGGACCAUGUUUUCUGAGUAUGCAUCCCGGUUCCUAGCCCAGUCCCAGUCACGACUCGCCAGUCAACCCGAAGGCAGUAACCGCACACGUGGGGAUGGUAAUAGGCGGCCGCAGUCCAAUUUCUCAAGAUACAACGCCUCUCGCAGCUUCUUGAAUCGAAACGACAACCCAUACAAUGCUACUACAUCCCAGACAUCCCAUUUCCCAUUUGCAUCUCGGUCAUUCGCACAACAGGCCCCUCUUUUCCAUAGUGUCACCGACGAAUUCCGUGAAGAAGAUGACGAGCAUGAACAUGAGCGGGAGAUCGCAGAUUACUAUGCGCUUCAGAGGUCACGCCGACAUUUUGGCAACAGUCACCUCGAGGAAUCUUCCGAGCUCGAUGAUGACGAGGAAGACACUUCUCAGCAUGACGGCUUGAGGCAUACCUCUUCAGCAGGAAAUGGAAUCAGAAGCUCGUGGAGAGAAGAUGCGAUGGGCACUAAGAAGCGUACAACUAGAUUUCCACCUACAGCAGAAAUUGACGAAAUUGACGAGCGGAGCGAGGAUCACGAAGAUUCCCCAGGAAAAGGAAAAAUGGUGGACGUCGGGCUUGACGCUCCAACAAGAGAUAAAAUGGGUGCCUUGUCCAACAGUGCUUCUGACUUUAUCAGCAAUGAUGUUCCAGUCCAGCAAUUUCGUAAACAGCCUGACGUUUUAAGCGACUAUAUGGGAGAUCAAUCGACAUUCAUUCCAGAAACUGAUAGGCAGGCACUGCUCCAAACGUCGGGACAUCCAAGCUCUGAAGGGUCGUCAAUUCCCCUCUCCAUGGCGCAGGCAGAGCCAGAGAUUCCUUCAAAUGAUGCUUUCUGGGGACAUCUCUUUAUUUUAUCGCUGACUGGGUUGUUUGCCACAGCAUUUUUAGUGUACUUGCACACGGCUCUACCUCCGGAUGGUAAAUGGAAACUGGGUGACACAAUUUACACAACAAUCCACAAGUCCUACUUCCUACUUGGCAUUUACACGAUGGUUUCCAUAUUCGUGUCUCUGCUCUGGCUUGCUCUACUUCGCGCCUACGUGCGGUUCCUUGUCUAUACAAUGAUCAUCGCUGUCCCGACGAUCCUAUAUUCUUUCUCUCUAUAUCCAUUUAUUUCGAGCUUCAGUGGCUUCUGGAAAGGCCAGAGUCUUCAGGAUAAAAUGAUGCGUUGGGGUUCCGUCAUACCCUUUAUAUUAUCCACUCUUUGGAUUUACGCGGUCGUUCGUAAUCGUCACGCUACUGGGAAGGCAAUCAGCAUCCUGGAGUUUGCAUGUCGAGUACUGGCUGUGAAUCCAGCACUCCUUGCCCUUGGACUGUUCACUCUAGGAAUCACUGUAACGUGGACUUGGCUCUGGAUGAUAAUGUUCACUCGAGUCUUUCUCGCUGGACACGUUGCUUCCAAUUCUUUUGUCAUCAGUGUCAGCAGCUGGUGGCUAGGUAUCUAUUUCGUUUUGGUUUACCUAUGGUCUCUCGGUAUCAUCUCUGGCAUCCAACGAUGUGUGACAGCAGCGACAGUGAGCCAGUGGUACUUCCAUCGUCUAACACAGCCAAACCCUACUUCUACCCAAGUUGUGAAAGCUGCAAUAACUCACGCUUUCACAACACUCUUUGGCUCGAUCUCUCUAUCUUCCCUACUUGCACUUCUUCUCAGGCUUCCAAUCAUAGUCCUCCCAAGGCGCAUUUCAUCUAUCAUCACUUUAUUUGCCUAUUCACUUAUUCCGACCCCUGUGGCGGCUCUUGUUAACCCGUUGGCUUUGACUUAUGCCGCUAUUCAUUCUCAGCCUCUGGCCCAAUCAGCCCGUGGGCUCACACAGCUAGCGGUAUUUUCGACGUUUACUACAUCUACAUUGUACCCACCAUCUAUUUCCCGCGAUCCUGGUGACAAGUCUUCCUUACUUCCAUAUCGACUAUCAAGACUGAUUUUACAUGCCUGCCGAUUUGCCAUGUCUUUAGCCCUUGGAUUUGGCGGGUGGGUCACCACGGCUCGCAGUCUCGAUGUGAUAGGGAACAACACAUUUCGAGGUAGCUUGUACGCAUACGUUAUUGGAUUAAUAGCGUCUGCUAUCGGCUGGGGUGUUUUAGGUGCGAUGGAGAACGUUCUUGCUUCCGUCGUUGAUGCUGCAAUUGUGUGCUGGGCUAGUGAAGUGGGCAACUCUGAGCGCGAAGCCAGAUACUGUCGCGAGGCAGAGUGGUUGUUCAGAGAUACUGCGAACUCUACUGCUGUCAGCCAUUGGAGCCGAGUUUGAGCCUUUUUUUUGGGGUUUUAUCUGCAUCGGUAGGUGCGUGGGUAAAUCAUAGCGACAAUCGGAUUUAGUUUCCAUUCAGAAAUAUACUUAUUCAGCAUCUCAUAAACAAAUGGACUCGGGUAUUGUAUUUGCAAAUUAUACCCAGUUAGUCAUUAACACCUUUUCAUCUAGUAAUUCAGAGCUUUUAAAUAUAGCACAAUAUAUGACAAAGAUCUUACCAUUAUAGUAGAUGUUAUGUAGCAUCGAAUGAGUCCUGGAUAGGCAUGAUUAUCAAAACAAAAUUAUGGUUAGCCACAUGUGCAC